GCCAGGGUAAAGGGGUAUAUGUCAAUUUUUGGUGAAAUGGAGAUAUGUCCACCAGCUUAUAGAGCUCGAAAUUCUCUACAAGUGUGUAAAGGGAUAUAUGUCCUAAGACUAUUAUUGCAGUUUCUAUACGAAUGUGCAAAAGGAAACAUCAGAGUCACAUACAAAUGUGUUUUGGUAAAGGGAUAUAAGUCAACAUAUAUCCUUUUACACAUGGCACUGGUUUGGUGUAAAUGGGUAUUAGUCGAUUUGAACCUCUAUGCACAGUAUGCCAUUCCAUGUUAUGCUUGACUUAUAUCUCUUUGCACAUCUGCAAGCACAUGUUGCACACGUGUUGUUUGUUGUUUCACAUCUCGGUUGCUCAAUCACAGUACACUACUAAUUUAUUUUAUUAGCUUGUUACAUGUGUAAUAAUUUCCUGACAUUUGCUUAUUAUAAUGUUUCGGAAACGGACGAGAGAUUUGGUUAAUUUGAGUCAACAAGCGGCGCAAAUGGAUAAAACUGAACUUUCUUCUUCUCGAGAGUCGAGUCCUGCCCCUUCUCUGCCACCUGAGUUACAUCAGUUGCUUGAAGAUUCUGAUGAAUAUUUUCCUGAGGGAAGUUCCAGCUCUGAUAAUGAUAGUUCACAGGACAUACAAUGGAAGGUGAAACGGAGGAAACGCUGUACAGGUAUGGACGUUCUGACUACAAGCAAUGAGGUGAGCCUUCAAUCACAAUCAACUACUACUAGCACCACUCAGUCGCAGAAGCCUUCUUCUUUUGCUACAGACGAAGAUAUACCAAUUCUCCCUGAUACUUCUGAAGAUAGACAACAAAGUAUUGGGGAUGACACUUCUCCUGCCACCCCAGUCUUAGACACUCCAAAUUCGCCUAGUACAUCUCAACACGUCAGGAAAUCUGAGUCUCGAAUGAUAAGAAAACAACGAAAAAUCAACAGAAAUACUGGAAAAGCCUAUCAAGAUAGCAAAGGGAAAGAGGUUAGAGGACGAACAUGCAGGAGACUUGAAAACUGUCGAAUGAAAUGUGGUGAACGAUUUUCAUACUGUGACAGGAACGAUAUAUUCAAUAGCUAUUGGGCCUUGGGGGAUCAUUUGUGCGUGUUUCGUACAUUGCCAGUUUAAUUACUGUCAAAGAAAAGAAGAGUGAGCGCAAGAGAACAAGCAGUCCCAAACGUCAUUUCAAUCGAACUGUUAAUUACAGUUAUUCUUUAAGAAUUGAUGGUAAACUAAAUGAUAUUUGUAAGAAGUGUUUUAUGCUUACAUUUUUGAUGAAACUAAUAAAUUCAUCUCGAAUGUUAUCAAGAAAUCAUCAUCUUCCACUGGUGGAAUAACACCGAUCGAUAAGAGGGGCUCACACAGUCCUCCAAAUAAAAUAAGUGAGGAAAUACUCGAACAGGCAAGGCAACAUAUCUUGUCCAUACCUGCAUAUGAGAGUCAUUAUUCUUGACGACACACGAACAAGAAAUAUUUGCCUUCUCACUAUACUUUGGCACUCAUGUAUAGGGAAUAUUGUAAGAUAGCUGACAAGCCGAUAUGCAGAACCCUUUAUGAGAGAAUCUUUCAUGAACAGAAUUUGGCAAUAAAAAGUCCAAAGAAUGACACAUGCAAUUUAUGUGACACUCUCAAUAUGAGAAUGUCGUUGGCAUCAGAGGAAGAGAGAGUGAACAUUGAAGAAAAAUUGAGAACUCAUCAAAGUCUUGCCGAAUUGGCCUAUGAAUCAAAGAAGAAUGAUAAAAAAAUUAGUGAAACAGAUGGAGGUAUGAGAGUGUUGGCUUUUGACAUGCAGCAAUGCCUGCCAACCCCUUUACUACAAAGUGGAGUGGCCUUUUAUAAGCGUCUUCUAUGGACGUUCAAUUUAACUGUUUAUGACUGUAAAGAUAGACAAGCCUAUUGCUACAUGUGGUCUGAGCCCGAAGGAGGAAGAGGAGCCAACCAAGUAGCAUCAUGCCUUUCAAGACAUUUUAGCAAUAUGCCACUCAAUGUCGCCCAUAUUGUGAUGUAUUCAGAUACUUGUGGCGGCCAGAAUAAAAACAGAUUUCUAGCUGGGAUGUGCCUAUCGUUUUUGAGAAAUAGUGAUACAAUUAAAAUAAUAGAUCAUAAGUUCCUUGUUGCAGGUCACACUCACCUCGAGUGUGACUCUUCACACGCCCAGAUUGAAAGAAAAAAAAAAGAAAAACAACAAGCCAGUUGAAAUUUACCACCCACACGAUUGGAUGCAACUAGUGCGUCAGACUGGUAAGGAACGUCCAUUUGUUGUAAAAGAAAUGAAACAGGAACAUUUUCAUGAAUACUCAGACUUGUUCAGUACAGCUCUUCAAAAGAAGAAACAUAAUGACAAUGGAGAAAAGUUCAUCUGGAGAGAAGUCAAGUGGCUGCGGUAUGAGAAAGGUUCGAAUGUAGUUUUCUAUAAGGAGACAUUGAGUGUUGAGGCAGAAUUUAAAAAAAUUAGUGUCUUUAGAAGAGGUCAUGGGAAUUCGAAUCUCACCCCCAGGCUGAGCUACAAUUCACGAGUUCCAAUAACAGUUGCUAAGAAAAAAGAUUUGCUUGCACUCCUACCCCUAGUGCCUGACAUAUUUCAUAAAUUUUAUGAAGAACUGCCGACAACAGCCACUGGAGGAGACAUCCAUCCUGAUACAGUUCAAGAUGAUGAAGAACAUUUGGAGUAGGGAGAUUGAGAAAAGUAUGAAUUUAGUUUUUUUAGUUUAGAAAAGUAGGUACAUGAUGAUUUUACUUUUAUAUAAAGUUUGAUAAUAAAGUUUUUAAUAUUUCACAGAAAGUUGUUACUUUUUUUCGAGGAUUCAUUUAUUCUUAGGUGAAAAUCACCCAAUUAAUUUUUAAAUGAAGGUAAUUAACUUAUUAAUGCUAAUUAGCAUCUAUCUAAUGCAAUUUCAUAAAAUGCAAACAGAAAUGGUUCUGUUUAUCAUUGUUUUUAUAAUUUGGAAAUGUGUGGAAAGGGGUAUAUGUCAAAUGAGGAAUGUGCAAAAGGGUAUAAGUUGUACAGAAUUCCACGAAAACAAUAAACUGUGAGCAUCAACUAGGUAAAAAAAAGAACAUUUCAAUGAAUAAUUUCAUAUGGUUUUUAUUUAAGUAGAUUAAAAACCCGAUUUGUGGGGACAUUUCAAACUUUCUUUCUUGUCUCCUGAAAAACAAGGUAUAUUGAUAUAUACCCCUCU